CAACAGCAAGAGCAACAGCCACCAGCUCUCUGUCCCACGGUGCUGCCGCACGAUCUUCACGAGCCGCUCACCCUGCUGCAGCCUGUCCCGGCAGUGCCCCCAGUUGUCCUCCGACUCGCCCUCGGCCUUCCGCGCCAGCCGCCGCCACAGCGCCAGCCAUAGACACAGCCACCGGCACAACCCCAAUCCCUGCUACUGCUGCGGCUCCUCCGGGCACGGUCCCUGCGCCGACACCCUGGAGGUUGGGAUGCUCUUGUCCAAAAUCAACUUGCUUGCCCACCUGCGCGCUGCGCCCAGCAACGACCUGCACGCCACCAAGCUGGCGCCCGGCAAGGAGGAGCCCCUGGAGUCCCAGUACCAGGUGGGCCCGCUACUGGGCAGCGGCGGCUUCGGCUCAGUGUACUCAGGCAUCCGUGUCUCCGACAACUUGCCGGUGGCCAUCAAGCAGGUGGAGAAGGACUGGAUUUCCGACUGGGGAGAGCUGCCCAAUGGCACCCGAGUGCCUAUGGAAGUGGUCCUGCUGAAGAAGGUGAGCUCGGGCUUCUCCGGCGUCAUUAGGCUUUUGGACUGGUUUGAGAGGCCCGACAGUUUCGUCCUGAUCCUGGAGAGGCCCGAGCCGGUGCAAGACCUCUUCGACUUUAUCACCGAAAGGGGGAACCUACAAGAGGAGCUGGCCCGAAGCUGCUUCUGGCAGGUGUUGGAGGCGGUGUGGCACUGCCACAACUGCGGGGUGCUCCACCGCGACAUCAAGGACGAGAACAUCCUUAUCCACCUCAAUCGCGGCGAGCUCAAGAUCAUCGAUUUUGGGUCGGGGGCGCUGCUCAAGGACACCGUCUACACGGACUUUGAUGGGACCCGAGUGUAUAGUCCUCCAGAGUGGAUCCGCUACCAUCGCUACCAUGGCAGGUCGGCAGCUGUCUGGUCCCUAGGGAUACUGCUGUACUAUAUGGUGUGUGGAGAUAUCCCUUUUAAGCACGACGAAGAGAUCAUCAGGGGCCAAGUGUUCUUCAGGCAGAGGGUUUCUUCAGAGUGUCAGCAUCUCAUUAGAUGGUGUUUGGCUCUGAGACCGUUAGAUAGGCCAACCUUCAAGGAAAUCCAGAAUCAUCCCUGGAUGCAAGAUGUCCUUCUGCCCCAGGAAACUGCUGAGAUUCAUCUCCACAGCCUAUUGCCUGGGCCCAGCAAAUAGCCUUUCUGUCAGGUCCUCCCCUCCUUGUCAGAUGCUUAAGGGAGGGGAAGCUUCUGUCUCCAGCUUCCCGAGUACCAGUGACACUUCUCGCCAAGCAGGACAGUGCUUGAUACAGGAACAACAUUUAUAACUCAUUCCAGACCCCAGGCCCCUGGAGGCUGCCUCCCAGCAGCGGGGAAGAGAGACACUCCAGGAGCCCUAGGCCUCAACCUCUCCUGUAGAUACUCUCUCCUCAUAGGUGUCCAGCAUUGCUGGACUCCCAAAAAUUCUGGGGGUGGGGGUGGGUCAGAACCCUGCCACAAAACUGUUUCCUUCAUCACAAGUUCUGCUGAAUGCCGUGACGGGUCGGGUAAGGGGGGGAAACAAGUUGGGAUGGGAUAGGACUAGCACCAUUUUAAGUCCCUGUCACCUCUUCCGACUCUUCUGAGUACCUUCUGUGGGGACUCCGGCUGUGCUGGGAGAAAUACUUGAACUUGCCUCUUUUACCUGCUGCUUCUCCAAAAAUCUGCCUGGGUUUGGUUCCCUAUUUUUCAUC